AAUGGCGGAGCUGAGCCGGAAGCAGCUAAGGGCUCGCAGCUAGGCUAUCCGCACCGUCCUCUUCUUCCAGCUUAAAACUAAAUCAUUAAAAGUGAUAACAUUCAUCUCGCUGGCGGAGAGCAGCUUGACUGUCCUCCUCAACUGGAUCACUUCACUGUGUGUGCGUGCGUGUGUUUGCGCGUUGUCUCGUCGGACGUCCUCUUGUCUCUGGGUGGGUGAGACCGGCUCCGCGCCGGCCUCCUGUAGAUGAAGAUGUCCCUGGCCCAGCGUGUGCUCCUCUCGUGGAUCUUCGCCCUGAUCUUCCUCAUCAUGCUGGUCCUCAAGCUGGACUCCAAGAUCGACUGGAACUGGUUUCUCGUCUUCCUCCCCGUCUGGACUUUCGACACCAUCCUGGUCCUCAUGCUGAUGGUGAAGAUGGCGGGCCGCUGCAAGCCGGACCCGGACCCCCGCGAGGGCGAGCAGAGCGUGAGGAGGCGGCUGUGGUACCUGACGGCCCUACUGCUGAAGCUGGCCUUCUGCCUGACGCUGUGCUGCCGCCUGCAGAGGCUCACUGAGUUGUGGGUCAGCGUGGUGUGCGUCCCUCUGUGGGUGCUGCUGGGUGGGGCGCUGGUGGACCUCGGACACAGCGUUUUCUACUACAGGAGGGAAUGAGAACAGAGAACACGGAGUCUACGAGACGUCGUGCUCGGGUAGCUCUCGCUUUGGGAUGCACCCUUCUGGCCUCCUGGAUUGGGGUCCGGUCCGCUGCCGGUCUCAUGUGGGUCGGUAAGACGGGAACGGACCUACAUUUAAUACGGUGUCUCUGUCAACGUCCCCGUGGAAUUCACUGUCUGCUUGAAGUUGCGUUUAAAUCACUGUAGGUCGCAGACCGAGUGAAGUCGACGGGUUGGGGCCCAGUUUGGUGUUUUUUUGAAUAAUUCUCGUCUUCACGUUGCUGUGGCGUUCACAUUGCCUUCAAGCUCGUCAAGGGCAAUAGAUUAUUUUACGUAAGCUAAACCUGUACUGCCGGGUAAGACUGGGUUUGCCUAUUGUCCUAAAAUCAGUUACGCGUUACACUAAAUGCUGUGUCUUCAGUUCACCUUUUAAUUGUGGGAUCCUUUUGACACUGGAAGUAAAUGUGUAUCAACAGUAUGAAAAUAUCCACUUGGUUACACGAAACCAUGUUCUGUUUGUGAAAGCAUGUACGUCACUAUGUGAUCAUCCUGUCCAGAGCAAGAGAUGUCUGCGGAGGGAAUGCGGCAUCGAAAAGGACAGCUUUCACCCCCAGCCACAGACUGUUUGCCCUCCUCCCCUCUGGGAGGCGCUACAGGGUGCUCCGUUCCCGGACCAGCAGGUUCAGGAACAGCUUCAAUCAAUCUAAUCUAAUCAUUUGUGUAAGGAAACUUCUUCCCAUGUGAUGUACAAUCCCAUGUGUCUGUAGCUUUCAGCCCAGGAUGUAAAUGCCACGAACACUAAACCAUAACUUCCUCUAACUGUAGAUCAACUAUUGUGACAUCUUAGUUCAUGACAAUCAUUACAAUAGUUUUUACUAUUGGACCUAAACCAAGUAGCAAAAAAGACAAAUACUGAAGCUUUAAUAAUCUGAAAUGCAGUAGAGACAUUAAGACUUGGUCAAUAUUUUUGAACCAUUUAUUGAGGUUCUCAUCAGAGUAUAAAUCACAAUACCAAGUUUUAUCUUAGGAAAUCAAAUGUAUUUACAACAUCAUUUUCACAUACAUUGGUUUCAAAUAAAAACAGACAAAUGAUAUAAAUAA